AAUUGUCGCACCUAGACGGCGACAUAGAGCUCGAGUCUGCUAAAAAACAACAACAUUUCACCCUCUUUCCUCCUGGCCAAAAUGCCUGAGCACGUUUGAGUGACCGUGGAGCGCGUUCGCCGUCAUGUAGCGAAACGUUGACACGCGGAGGAUUUAUUUCGGAGGAAUGAAAGUUUAAAAAGCGUUGAAGGAGGACAACAUGGCUGUGCAGGAGGAAGGAGAGGUUUUGCACAGUAAGAUCAGACAGCACGAUGGUGUUGUUGGCAAUGCAAACAGCGCGGAGAUCUUCAGGAACGGCUAUGUGAAGAGCUGCGUCACUCCAUUAAAACAAGACCAUCCGAGGGGCUUUUUAUUUAACGUCUGUAGGUUUUGCAACGGGGAAAUCCUCAACUCCAAGCUACUCCGCGCCUCGGCUCUCUAUGUGGGAGCGCUGGCGGUUUUGGCGCUCUCCUAUUUAAUUUCCAGGAGCUUUCAAAGUGAACGCGGCGUUUCGGAGCUACGGACUUUUGUUUUUGAUUUCUCACAGUCCAUCAGUCCUUUAUUCAGCAUAGGCUGUGCUUAUUUCUUUCUCACCCUCUACCUGAGGAGGAUAAAGAGGGAAAGCAGUAGCUGUUGGCUUUUGUCUUUACCAGCAUCAUGCUAUUUGGGGGACUUGAUGGUUUUGCGCUUUUUCCAGUGGGGAGAGGAGCACCAUCAGAUGCAAAUGAUGGGCAGGUUGUUGUUUGUGUUGGGCUGCGUGGGUCUGCUCACUCUCAUCCCCACUUUAAAACUCAAACACAGUGUCCUGAUUCUGGUGUUCGCCAGCCUGGUGUGGCUGCUGUCCUUCACCAGCCUCGGCUGUCUGUCUCCAUCUUUCAGGCCGGUGCUGGCGUGCAUCGCGGGGGUCUCCGGCUCUCUCCUGGCGCUCUGUUUUGAUCACUAUUACCCACCGAGAGAGACGGCCAAUAGGAUUCCCAAUGCGGAGGAGAAAGUUCCCGUCAUCAGACCGAGGAGAAGGUCCAGUUGUGUUUCUUUAGGAGAAACCUCGAGCACCUAUUAUGGCAGUUGUAAGAUGCCCCGUAGACCUUCUCUGCCCUGUAUAUCCAGAGAACAGAUGAUCCUAUGGGACUGGGAUCUGAAACAAUGGUACAAGCCGCAGUAUCAGGGUGCAGUGAGUGGAAAUGGUGUGGAUCUGUCUGUAAUAAAUGAGGCAAGGAACCUGGUGUCAGACCUGCAGAUGGACCCCUCUCUCCCGCCUCACGUCCUCUCUUCACUGCGCAGCGUCAACAGUCUCAUGGGAGCUUUCUCUGGGUCCUGCAGGCCACGGGUCAACCCCUUUACCCCCUUCCCUGGCUUCUACCCCUGCGCUGAAGUAGAUGAUCCCUCAGAGAGAGGAGAAAGAAAGCCAAUGAAGGUGCUGAGUAGCCGUAACAGUCUACCUACCCCACAGCCGAGGCGCAGUUCAACCUCAUCCACCCUGCCUCUGCUGGAGUCUUCCCCCUUGCGCUGGGAACGCACCAAUGGGAAGAGAUCUCACUCUGAGCUCAGCAGCCAGAACUAUCUGUCUAAUGGGCCAAAUAGCAACAUGCUGACUAUCCCUAAACAAAGAUCCUCCUCUGUUACCCUAUCCUAUGGCCACACUGUCCCCAGAAGACCAGGUGCCUCUCCCAGUCUGAGUCCUGUCAGCUCCCCGACUCACAGUCCCCCUGCCAUUCCCGGCUCAUCUCUUUUCACACGCUUACCGGUGGAGUUCCCCGACACAGCCGAUUUCCUCACCAAGCCCAGCGUCAGCCUGCACAAACCGGUGGGUUACGCACUGAGCUCACCUGAUUUCCAGCCGCAGUAUCGUGGCCCCGUCACGGCCCCCUUGUGCACCAGUUGCGGGAGACAUAUACCGAAGGGUGUGGCCAGUGCGGAGGUGGGCGAGGGCCAUCACCCAACAGCCAAUGAGAUGCAAAGAACACGCUCAGCAGAAAGUGCUGAUUAUGGAGGGGAAAACCUGAUUCGAGAGGAAAGCAUGGAGGCUGAGUCUCAGGAGGAGCGAACUUCAGACACGACGGGGGAGAAACCGAACAGCCAGCCAGAGGACGAGGCACAGACCUCCAAUGCCGAACAGUCCUCAUUGGAUCGUGAGGGAGAAGAGGAGUUCAGGUUGGACCCUCUGCUGAUGGAUCAUGAAGCACUUAUGGGGAAAAUCAACACCUGGAACUUUCAGAUCUUUGAGCUGAUGGACAUGACGGGAGGGAAGACCGGCCAGAUUCUCAGCUAUGUGGCGUACACUUUGUUCCAGGACACGGGUCUGUUUGAGAUCUUCAAAAUCCCCAUCCGGGAAUUCAUGACGUACUUUUGUGCUCUGGAGAACGGCUAUCGUGAUAUCCCCUAUCACAACCGUGUCCAUGCCACUGACGUCCUUCAUGCGGUGUGGUAUCUUACAACCCGACCAAUCCCAGGCUUUCAGCAGAUCCAUAAUGAGCACGUCACAGGAAGCGAUACAGAUUCAGAUAGUGGAAUCUCCCCAGGCAGGGUGGCGUAUGCAACGUCCAAAAGCUCGUCUAUCACAGAUGACAGUUACGGCUGUCUGGCCUGGAAUGUCCCUGCGCUGGAACUCAUGGCACUAUAUGUAGCAGCUGCUAUGCAUGACUAUGAUCACCCUGGUCGCACAAAUGCCUUUCUUGUAGCCACUAAUGCUCCUCAGGCGGUGUUGUAUAAUGACCGUUCGGUUCUGGAGAAUCACCACGCAGCCUCUGCCUGGAGCCUUUUUCUUUCCCAGCCCGAGUUCAACUUCCUUUGCAAUUUGGACCACGUUGAGUUCAAGCGCUUUCGAUUUCUAGUGAUCGAGGCCAUCCUCGCCACUGACCUGAAGAAGCACUUUGACUUUCUAGCAGAGUUUAAUUCUAAGGUUAAUGAUGUGAACAGUCCAGGCGUCGACUGGACGAAUGAAAAUGACAGGUUGCUAGUGUGUCAAGUGUGCAUUAAGCUGGCAGAUAUCAAUGGGCCAGCCAAAGAGCGAAGCCUUCACCUUAAAUGGACGGAGGGUAUCGUCAAUGAGUUUUAUGAGCAGGGUGAUGAGGAAGCCUCUUUAGGAUUACCCAUCAGCCCUUUCAUGGACCGCUCUUCGCCACAGUUAGCAAAGCUGCAGGAGUCUUUUAUUACGCACAUCGUUGGGCCUCUUUGUAACUCCUAUGAUGCUGCUGGCCUGCUGCCAGGACACUGGAUUGAUGAGGAAGGCUCUGAAGAUGAUGAGGAAACGGAUGACAUUGAAACUGAAGAUGAAGAGUUGGAGGAGGAUCUUGAACCAAAGAGAAGAAAAGGCCGACGUCGGUUGUUCUGCAACAUCAUGCAGCAUUUAACAGAGAACCACAAGGUGUGGAAGAAAACCAUUGAGGAGGAAGAGAAGGCCAAAGAGCUGGAUACUCAGCAGCAGCAGCAAGCCGAAAGCACCGGCCUUUCUCCGUCCACCUCUUCCUCCGACGUCAUUCAAGAGGAGGCUGAGGAAGAGGAGCGGCAGUAGCAGCACGAACUGAAGCUCAGAGAGGGGCUUAAAGAAAUGUGAAUGACCCCUCCCUCUUCUUCGACCGAACACACACACAUUGACACCCAGAGGAAGACCCUGUUGCUGAAAUGAGUCACUGUGCCGACACUCUGGAACUAAUGCAGUUCAUGUUGUGUUGAAAUAAAGGCCUUACUACUGUGAGAGGACCCUCGAUGGGAACCCCACUCCUAUGCACUUUCACCCCACGGAGAAUCGGCAGAAAAUAGACACGGCUUUAAAGAUGGAGAAUUAUGCUGUCAGAUUAAAAGAAGAAGGAAUGCAGGCGGGGAAGGAUGUAGCGAUAAGCUGCCGUGACUGUAGAGCUCUUAACUCUCCCAUAGGUACUUAUAAAGUCAAAUAAAAUGCAGAAAGGACUAGAAAAGAAGACAAUGUUGAUGUAAUUCAAGCCCGUUACCAAAGCGAACAGUUUAUUAACACGGAAAGACAGAGACUGAAACCGUUUCAGGCCUAGUGUCAGGAAGAAGCAUAAUCCUAAAAUGUGCCUGUCUGAACUUUUUCUAUUUUAUAUAUAUAUAUAUAUAUAUAUAUAUAUAUAUAUAUAUAUAUAUAUAUAUAUAUAUAUAUAUA